AUGCAUGGAGUGGGAAUUCACAACGGGAGCACAAUGAGUGCUCUAAAUCGUGUAUAUUCGCCGAUAACACUGAGCCAAGAAUGGCCGAAAAUCAGCCGUCUGCUGUUCAUGGUCUUUUGCUCGUGCUUAGGCACUACGAUGAACGGUUUCUUUGUAGCCGCUUUCUUUGUUGAACAUACUCUGAAGAAAGUUGGUAACGUAUUCCUCGCUUGCGUUGGGAUGGCAGAUCUCAUUUUAACAACAGCGGUAAUGCCGACUUCCGCAGUAGUUUUGUUGUCAGGUCAAUGGGAUAGCACACAGCUUUGCUACACGCUGCAAUUUCUCACCGAAAUAUCUACAUACUCCUACAGCUUGUUCUUUAUGUUGGUGGCAGCGGAGACAUACUACCGAAUAUGCCGUACGUCGGCCGAGUACGAAAUGUUUAUGUCGAUGCGAAUUGGGCUGGUCAGUAUCACAGUCUAUGUGGUGAGUAUCGUGACCGCCGCAGUGGGAGUCUACAUGGGUCUCGACUAUGACUACUGUCAAAGGCAGCACUUCGGCAACUUCUAUUUUCGUGUAGCCACAACGGUUCUACUUCACGCCAUGCCUUUCAUAACGACUAUGUUUGGUCUCAUCUCUGCUUCAGUACAAGUCCGGCGUCGGGCGCGCCAACAAAUCCAAUACAAGCGAUCUCAACAAUACGAAAGAGACUACUCUACUACUACUUUGAACAUCACGGCUUACAUUUUGUUCGUCAUUGCGUGGACACCCUACCUCGUCGUUGUUCACGAGUACCCUGGCACCAGCGACUCGAAAUACUACAAUUGCGUCUGGAUUGGCAUGUGCCGGUCUGUCAUCACAAGCUUCCUAUACGGCAUAUUGAACAGAAAUUUCAGACGCGCUUUUGCACAUCUUUUUAAUUAUUGUUGCUGCAAGAGUACUCUUUCAGGCCCGUUUACCAAUCGCCACAGAAGGGCUUUGGAAUACAAACCUGCAACCGGCGAUGUAAGAGUCCACAUAAUGCACCAGGUUGUUCAUCCUGGAACCCCACAAAGAGCUGCUUCAUCUUCACGAGAGACCCAAGAGUUAUGA